AUGCCUACCAAAGCUGAUCGAAAGCAUCUUGAUGCCACAGUCUCGGCCUUCCAUUCCCACUACGCCUCGGACGCGAACUGGGGCACUCAGAGAUGGCACGAAUCACUGUAUCCCGCACUGGCCAGGCCAACUCGGUACAGCGCCCUGGUGAACCAGUAUGUCCCUCGAGUCGGCCUUGACAAGAACCUCUUCUCAACAGUUCCAGAGGAUGAGCUGCGGCAGAUCCAACUGCCCAAAUUGCCAACAGAGGCAGACCACACCGCCACGGUCACCACAAGGCCAGGCAUCCUAUUAUACGAACGUGUCCAGCCUACGACCACGAUAGAGACAGAAGAAGAAGAAGAAGAAUCAUUCCUCUUCACUGCACCACAGCCUGUCCCUUCACCAAGCAGUCCAGAGAAGGAGCUCUUGUCUCACUGGAACAUGGACGCCGCUUCCGCACUAUGCGCACACAUGCUCAACGUCCAGCCAAAUGACAAAGUUCUGGACCUCUGCGCAGCCCCAGGCGGCAAGUCCGUCGCCCUGGCUCAGCUCAUCUUUCCUCACCUCCAUGCAGACCCCCGGUCAUCAUCGCCAUCGUCCCUCGGCUGCCUACACUCCAAUGAGCUAGACCACGCCAGGAACAAGCGCCUAUCCUCCAACCUGCGAUCCUACCUGCCAGCUCCCUUAUUUGAGACCAACGCGGUGCGGGUCCUGCUCCUGGACGGCUCCGAUGCACGGGCGGUGACACAGCUGCCCUGCGGACCCGGCGGCUACGACCGCGUGCUGCUGGAUGCGCCCUGCUCUUCGGAGCGGCACAUCAUCCACGCGCACCUCAAGGCCUCGUCAGGAGGGCGUAUCGCGGACGAGAUGGCCCGCUGGCGUAGGGGUGGUUCCAAGACGCUCUCGAGGCUACAGGCGGACCUGCUGAUGACGGCGCUGCGGGCUGUCAGAACGGGUGGACGGGUGGUGUACUCGACGUGCUCGAUCGAGACCGGGGAAAAUGAUGGGGUGGUGGAGAAGAUGUUGACGGCGCCAGGGGGGGCAUCGGACGAAGAAGAACAAGAAGAAGUGGACGGGGCGCUCGAGAUGCUGACUGAAGAAACAAAAUAUGGCAGGAUUGCUGUUCCUGAUCACAAGGCGGGGGGCCAGUGGGGACCACUUUACCUCUGUGUUAUCACCAAGGUUGCGAGGAAGGUUUGA